AUUUUGUCUCCAGCUACUGAAGUCAGAUGUGAGUGUAUUUCUUAGAAGUGAGAGAGUGCUGGAGCUGGGUGAAGAGAAACCCUGCUAUUCCGCAAUUCUGGGAGCUGUCAACAUUAAUAUCAGUCACUGCUGGUGGUCACCUGCCUCACAACAACUGAUAUGGCCCCAAGUUGAAGAAAUAUACCGUCCCUUGUGGUCAAACAUGAUGUCGGUGAUGGUGAUGGGGUGAAAGCGCUGUAAGACGGACACACGUUCUACCUCCUCCCCCCCGGGGGAACACCUUGAGUCGGCAGCCGUGACAGAUUUGUUAGGGUCUUAACUUGAGAUUGACCUGGACCAAGGUACCCAACACUGCUCAGCUCUUGCUCCGUUGGCCCCAGUGGCUCAUGUUCUCAGAUCCACUCAAUCCCUUCAUCGUUAGAGAAGAACUUCAGCUUGUGGUUGAUCCACUGUCCCUUAAGUGAGUGGCGGUAUUUCUCUUCUUGCUCAAAGUAAGAAGUGGGAGUAGAUUCCCCAGCAGUCGGGGGAUGGACCUGAAGACUGACUUCAGCAAUGAUAUGAAGUGACGAACACAGAAGAGAUGGUAGAAAACAUGAAGCUGAAGGUAUUCAGGUUAGUUGUAGGGCUUAUGGCCGUUUCUAUAAUUCUUUUGUUCCUCUAUACCAGCAAUUUAGUCCUGCCAAAAUACCUGCCAGUGGGGAAAAUCUCAAACUCUUCAGUGCUUGCAGAAGUCUGUGACAUGAUUAUAACAGGAAAGAAAAUCUUAUAUGAAAAUAUACCAAUGACACCACUGAGAAACAUAACUUGCCAACAAUACUUGACCCAGAAUCACUACAUAAUGAAACCUCUGUCCAAAGACGAAGCUGAGUUCCCUUUGGCAUAUGUCAUGGUCAUCCACAAAGACUUUGAUACAUUCGAGAGGCUUUUCAGGGCUAUUUACAUGCCUCAAAAUGUCUACUGCAUUCAUGUGGAUGAGAAAUCCACCUCUGCUUUCAAGGAUUCGGUAGGAAGGAUGCUGAGCUGCUUCGCAAAUGCCUUCCUGGCUUCCAAGAGGGAGUCUGUGGUCUACGCGGGAUUUUCCAGGCUCCAGGCUGACCUGAAUUGCCUGCAAGACCUCAUAGACUCGGAGGUUCCGUGGAAGUACGCCAUCAACACCUGCGGGCAAGAUUUCCCCCUGAAAACCAACAGGGAGAUCGUUCAGUAUCUGAAAGGAUUUAAAGGGAAAAACAUCACCCCAGGGGUGCUGCCUCCUCCUCAUAUUAUCAGAAGGACCAGAUAUAUGCACUUGGAGCAGAAAUACCAAUUGUUCUCCUUCGUGCUGUGGACUUGGAUAAGAAAAAUGUCUCCUCCCCAUAAUCUCACCAUCUACUUUGGCUCCACCUAUGUAGCCCUUACAAGAGAAUUUGCUAAUUUUGUUCUCCAAGACCAGAGGGCCAUUGAUUUACUUGGGUGGUCGAAGGACACCUACUCUCCUGAUGAACAUUUCUGGGUGACACUUAACAGGAUUCCAGGAACCAGACUGUGGACCAGCCCUUCUGGAAUUCUCUGCCUUGCAUGUACCCAUGUGCCCUUGAAAGGGCAGGCUUGUUGAGUCUCUGCUAUAGAGUCCAUACUGGCCAGACUCUCUGUCAUUGUUGGAGGCUGGCUAGUUGCUUUAGUCCCUUUAUACGUACAGAUGCAGUGCUGAGGUGCCGAAUGCUGGAACCUUGAGAGGAGGGAGGAAGAACAGAUCUAAAUAAAGCUGCUUCUGGGAACGCAUAGUUGUGGCCCCAGGGAUUUGGCUGGGAUCUUGCUAUGUCCAGAGGGAAUUUAUGUUUCUCAAACACAUCGUGCUCACAGAGCUUCCAGGAUCACUGGGUGUAUGGGCAGACUUGCAGGGGAAGGAAAUUUGGGGGAUAAGUUUUACUAUUAGCUUGAACAAUCUCUGUUUUUGUAUCUGCUAGAAAUACUGACUUUUGUCAACUGCAUAGGAAAGGAAAUCAGUGAGUUGCGAUAUCUGUGAGUUCUUUUUCAAGGAAAUACCAUCUCUCCUCAAAACAAUUAAAAAUAGAACUACCAUACGAUCCAGCAAUCCCACUGCUGGGUAUUUAUCCAAAGAAAACAAAAAUGCUAAUUCAAAAACAUGUAUCAGUAUAUACCCCUAUGUUCAUUUCUGCAUUAUUUAGUAUAGCCAAGAUAUGGAAACAACCUAAGUGCCCAUGAACAGAUGAAUGGAUAAACAUGUGGUAUACGCACACGCACAGGAAUAUUACUCAGCCAUAAAGAAGAAUGAAAUCUUGCCAUUUGUGACAGCAUGGGUGGACCUAGAGAGUAUUAUGCUAAGUGAAAUAAGUCAAAUAAAGAAAGAAAAAUACCAUAUGAUUUCACUUAUAUGUGGAAUCUAAAAAACAAAACAAAUGAAAAAACAACAAAACAGAGUUGUAGAUACAGAGAACAAACAGGUGGUUGCCAGAGGGGAGGAGGUUGGGGGAAUGGAGAGAAAUAUGUGAGGGAGAUUAAGAGGUACAAACUUCCAGUUGCAAGAUAAAUGAGUCACGGGUAUGAAACGUACAGCAUGGGGAACAGAGUCAAUAACACUGUAAUAUCUUUGGGUGGUGAAAGACGGUGACCAGACUUAUUG